AUGGAGCUUCUUUCAAUCAUUAGGAACAUUCUUUACAUUCACUUACAUGAAAAACGGGACAAUAAGGAACGAUGGCAUGGAGCUGAAAUCCAAGAGUAUCUAUUCAAAGAAGCAAUGUUGACUGCUCGUAGAUGCCAAGAAUGUGGACAAACACUUCCUCCAACCUAUCAACUCCUGGCUGACGAAGAUUGGUCAACUGGAAUUUUUGGGUGUACUGAAGAUACCGACAGUUUCAAGUGCUUGACUGGACUAUUCUGCCCAUGUGUGUUAUUUGGACGUAAUGUUGAAAACUUGAACGCUGAUAUCUCUGAAAGGGCUGCCUGUGUUGGUCAUAUCAUAUGUGUCGAAGGUGGUAUGACAUUUGCUGCAUUGACAACAGUUCUUAAUGGCAUUGAUCCACAGACAUUAUUUCUCAUUUAUGAGGGUCUGUUCUUUGCUUGGUGGAUGUGUGGAAUCUAUACCAGCAUGGCUCGGCAAUCAUUGCAAAAAAAGUAUCAUCUAAAGGUGAUCUGAAUUGCAUUAUUAAAGGCUUAU